AAGUCUGCUGUCUGACAUUAACAGUAAACAAUUUCGUUUUUGGCAUUAGCAUACUUUGUAGAAAGAAAACAAAUAUUAAAGAAAUUGUACCAAAUAUUCUUUCAUCUUAAGAAGUAGCACAAAUAGUAUAUAUUAUACUCAAAAAUAACAAUGUCUUCACCUUUGGAAAAGCUCGAAACGCAAUUAGAAAUGUUCAUAGAAAAUGUGAGACAAAUACGUAUUAUUGUCAGUGAUUUUCAGCCACAGGGACAAAGUGUCUUGAACCAGAAGAUCCAAUCUUUGGUCACGGGUCUACAAGAAGUGGACAAAUUAAAAUCUCAAGUACAUGACAUUCAUGUACCAACUGAAGUCUUUGACUACAUUGAUCAAGGACGUAAUCCUCAACUCUACACAAAAGACUGCAUUGAUAAAGCAUUAGCUAAAAACGAAGAAGUUAAGGGAAAAAUUGAUUCAUACAAAAGAUUCAAAAGUCAUCUUCUUUCAGAACUUUCUAAAACAUUUCCUAAUGAAAUUGCUAAAUAUAAAGCUAUCAGAGGUGGAGAAUAAGUUAUAUGAGUUUUAAAAUUAAGUCUAUUUUUAUGAAUACUAUUAAUAUUUUAAGGUUAAUUAAAAUGUAAACAAAUAAA